CCCCAGGAGUCCGGCAGGCGGUGCAGUGGAGAGAGGGCGUAACCGGAAGUGGGUUGCGUUUUAAUAGCUGAGACUGUAGUCAAGGAAGGAGGCAACUGAGCGCAGUGUGAGUGAGGAGCAGGUGAGGAGCAGCUCUCUGUCCUUUUCCCAGAAGAGCCAAAAAUGAACAAGUUCCUGAGAGUAGUAUCCUUUGAGGAUGUAACUGUAGACUUCAGCAAGGAGGAAUGGCAGCACCUGGAUAUUGCCCAGAAGAGCCUGUACAGGGAUGUGAUGCUGGAGAACUAUUUCAACCUGGUCUCAGUGGGAUGUCAGAUUCCCAACCCAGAAGUCAUCUUCAGCUGGGAGCCAGGAGAAGACCCAUGUUCACUGGGAAGUGAGAACUCAAGUCACAGCUAUCCAGGUGGGAAUAUUGGUUUUGAGACUUCACAACAGGAACUGUCUGAAGAAUUUUUUUUCCAGUCUGACAGAAUUCAUCUGUUUAUAAGAUAUUUAGAAUUGUGGAAUGAUGAUAAAUGGAAAAGGAGAUAUGAGGAAAACCAAAACAGACCUUUAAAUCAUGUUGCCUUCACUAACAAGGAAACACUAGCUAAUGAGAUAGACUGUGGGAACACAGGAAAAAUUGUUCCUGUACAUACACACCUUGUUUCCUCAAGGAAAGAAUUCCACCACAGUAGCUCAUUUGGAAUGAGUUUGAAGGCUGUUGCAAGCUUAUAUAGUCACCAUAGAAAUGAUGCCACAGAAUAUCUUGAGAAGAUUAUUGGAUAUGGUGAUAUAUUUACUCCUAUUAAUUCUCAUCCAGAAAUGAAUGUGUGUGAAACUAAGCAGUGUAGGGAACUUCUGAACCCCAAGCAAGGUCUUACUCAACAUAAGAAAAUUCAUCCUGGGGAGAACUUUAAUUUUUUUUAUGACUUUGUUAAAGAUUUCACUCAGAAGUCACCCUUAUUUGCAUGUCAGAAAAUUUAUGCUGAAAAACAGCAAGAGCAUAGCAAAUGUAAGACAGCCUUCAUUCAGAAGCCCCAGAAUGCUGUACCUCAAAGGAUCUUUAUUGGAAAAAAACCCUUUAUGCCCGCAGAAUUUGGAAAGGAUUAUAUACACAAGUCAAGUAGUCAGAAAAUUCAUAAUGAAGAAAAUUACUAUAAACACAGUGAAUAUGGAAGAGGCUGUACCCAGAAGUCUGAUCUGUCCAGUUGUCCGCGAAAUCUUACUGGAGAACUCUAUGAAUAUGGUCAGUGUGGAAAAAACUUCCCUCAUAAUUCAAAACUCACCAUACAUAAGGAAGUUCCUACCAGAGGGAAACAUUUUGAAUGCACUGAAUGUGGAAAAGCCUUUACAAGGAAAUCAACACUAAGUAUGCAUCAGAAAAUUCAUACAGGAGAAAAACCCUAUGUAUGUACUGAAUGUGGGAAGGCUUUUAUCCGGAAGUCACAUUUCAUCACACAUGAAAGAAUUCAUACUGGAGAGAAGCCCUAUGCAUGCAGUGACUGUGGGAAAUCAUUUAUAAAAAAGUCACAACUCCUUGUGCAUCAGCGGAUUCACACAGGAGAGAAUCCUUUCAUCUGUUCAGAAUGUGGGAAGGUCUUCACUCACAAGACAAAUCUCAUUAUACACCAGAAAAUUCAUACUGGAGAGAGACCCUAUAUAUGUGCUGAAUGUGGGAAGGCCUUUACUGAUAGGUCAAAUCUCAUUAAACACCAAAAAAUUCACACUGGGGAGAAACCCUACAAAUGUGGUGAUUGUGGGAAAUCAUUCACAUGGAAAUCACGGCUCAGAAUCCAUCAGAAGUGUCACACUGGUGAGAGGCAUUAUGAGUGCAGUGACUGUGGGAAGGCAUUCAUUCAGAAGUCAACACUUAGUAUGCACCAGAGAAUCCACAAAGGAGAAAAACCCUAUGUUUGCACUGAAUGUGGGAAGGCCUUCUUCCACAAGUCACACUUUAUUACACAUGAGAGGAUUCAUACUGGAGAGAAACCCUAUGAAUGCAGUGGCUGUGGGAAAUCUUUCAGUAAGAAAUCACAACUCCAUGUUCAUCAGCAAAUUCAUACCGGAGAGAAACCAUAUAGAUGUGCUGAAUGUGGAAAGGCAUUCACAGACAGAUCAAACCUCUUUACACACCAGAAAAUUCACACUGGAGAGAAACCCUACAAGUGUAGUGACUGUGGAAAAGCCUUCACUCGGAAGUCAGGCCUCCAUAUACAUCAGCAGUCCCAUACUGGAGAAAGACAUUAUGAAUGCAGUGACUGUGGGAAAGCCUUUGCAAGGAAAUCAACACUUACUAUGCAUCAGAGAAUUCACACAGGAGAGAAACCUUAUAUUUGUACUGAGUGUGGGAAAUCCUUCAUCCAGAAGUCACACUUGAAUAGACAUAGGAGAAUUCAUACUGGAGAGAAACCCUAUGAAUGCAGUGUCUGUGGGAAAGCCUUCAUUAAGAAAUCACAGCUCCAUGAACACCAUCGAAUUCACACAGGAGAGAAACCAUAUAUAUGUGCUCAAUGUGGAAAGGCCUUUACUAUUAGAUCAAAUCUUAUUAAGCACCAGAAAAUCCACACUAAACAGAAGCCCUAUAAAUGCAGUGAUGUGGGGAAAGCCUUAAACUGGAAGCCACAACUUACAAGUCAACUCACUAUAAAUCAGAAGUCUGAUAUUGGGAAAAUAGAGUGCCCAGUGCCACAAUCAUAGCAUGGUAAUACAAAGAAAUCAGAGGCUACAGUUUGAACAAGAAGCAAGAGGUACCCAUGGCUCACCUACCACCUCCAGUAUAGUUAAAAUAUCUGCAUCAUAUGGCUGAUAUUCAUUGUCAUUUGGGGAGAUACUUUGGAGAAAGUAUCUUAAUAAGCAAUGUGUCAUGGUCAUCCUUGGUUACUUGACAGAUUGAAAGGCCCUAGUAAAUAAUAGUAAAGAUGGAAAAUGUAGGUGACAUGGUGCAUGCCUACAGUCCUGGGUACUCACAGUCUGAGGCAGGAGGAUCACUUGAGCCUGGGAAUUUGAGACCAACUUGGGUAACAUAUAAAAUGUAAAGAGAUGACUUACAAUCUCUUUUUUUUAAUGGCAAAAACUAUUUGGUAGUUACAAAGAAAAAAGGUUCAUAAUAUGAGUAGAGUGGUGAGAAAAUUUUCAUUAUCUAAGUCCCCGUAAAGAGACUGAGGUCAUGGCAGAAGUUAAUUAAUUCAUGUCUGUAAUGAGAAGAAAACAGAAGGUUUUGUGAAAAUUGACACUGGGGACUGUACUUUUUCUUUGGGAAAUCAUUAUUUCUUGUUUUUAGCACUUAAUGGUAAAUGCUGUUCCACUAGGUUCCAGAAAGUCUAAAUGGCUUCCUGCCUGUAUCCCAGAAUUGAUCAACGAUGUGAGCAGCAGUCUUAUAACUACUUGUAACCUCAGAACUGGCCCUUGGGUCACAGAAUUUAGCCACAGGGUCCUAGACCUAGGUAACAGCAUUUUCAGCCCUCAAUUUUUUCAUAAAAAGUGGCACGUUCUUAAUGGUUUCUAUUUGAAGAAGGGAUAAAUUAAGAAAAAUGGGUUCCAAAACUUAGAAUUCUUUUCCUUCAGUUUUGUUAAUAUAUAUUCUAUACAUUCGUUACAGGCUAGAUUACCACAGAGUACAAUUGUCUUGCAUUUUAGCUUGUUUUUUUAAUAAGAUAAAAUACAGUUCAACAUUUGGAAAAGUACCCUUCCUAUCUCUUCCAUUCUCUACAAAUAAUCAUAUUUAAUCAGAUGCUGAAAUGUUAUAAUCUUGCAGAAUAACUGCAUGUCUUUUGUUUAUAACUACCAAUUUUUGUUUUAUAUAUUGAGUCUUCUUUGUAACAUACAUUCAAAUUUAGAAUUGUUAUAAUUUUCCUCAUUAACUGAAA